AUGACUUCUUAGAAAUUGCUACAAUUUAUGAAGUAUUUGAUAAAAAAUAUUCGAUUUAAUAAACAAUUAAAUUAAUUAGAAAGGAAUCAGAAUAUAAAUUGUUAAAUUAUGAAGAAGCCCAAUUAAAAAUUAAUGAUUUAGAAUAACAAUAAUAAAAUUGCAUAAAAGUAAAAAAAAAGGAUCAUGAAAACUUUAAGAGGUGGAUAGUAAGGAAUGAUGAGGAGAUAGAGGAAAAGUAAAAAAAUAGAAAAUUGUAAGGAAUGUAUGAUCUGCCAUGAAAUAUUCAACAAGGCCUAAGAAUUCACAUUACAAGAAAUAAACUAAUUUUGAAGUCCAAAGCAGUGGACGGUGUAUUUAUGCUAGCACAUC